CUAAACAACCGGAACUUUAGACCAGAGCAUAUGUCCGAAUAUGAUGUGCGUCUCAGAUUGAGAAGGGGCUUGACCAACGGUCCACAUGCACCGUCCGAUCCAUCGGGUACGGACUGUCCAACAUCUACCUUUAAUCUUCGGUUGAACUCACACCCAUGGCAGUAGGCAGGAAAUCUCAAAGACGCAUGCCAUGCUCACACGUGCUCUGGUGCUAGACUGUGUGCAUAGAAAAGACAAGCAAAAGCUAUAAAGAUAAAAGGAUAAGGAAAGGCCCCUGCAACCACCCAAACCAAAAUAGCAAGGAACAAUGGAAGCCCACAUCCUACCUUUCAUCUCUCCAAACUCAGCUUUCUUCCUCCGCCACAAGCCUCCCUUCCCAACCCAAACCAGCCUCCCUCCCACCCUCACCAAACGCUGCCGUGUUCGAGCAGUCAAUACAAACGCUGGCAAUGAGGGGAACCAAACCCCAUCGCCAUCACCAUCACCAUCGCCGUUGCCGCCGCCAGCAUCAGCAGCAGAAACUGUUGAGAUUCGCUUCCGACGAGGAUUGAGAAAGCGGGCAAAGCAGCAACAGGAUGGUAUUGACGGCACCAGCCUCAGCUCUAAACCCCCCUCUCCUCCCAAGGACUGGGAUUCAAUGACCAUCUCUGAGAAAGCAGUGGAGCUUUACAUGGGAGAGAAAGGUCUUCUCUUCUGGCUCAACAAGUUCGCCUAUGCGUCCAUCUUCAUCAUUAUCGGCGCAUGGAUCCUCUUUCGCUUUGUGGGCCCCACCAUUGGGCUCUACCAACUGGACGCCCCACCACUACCCCCCACUAGCAUGCUCAAAGGUCCAUGAAACACCUCAAAGUUGAAAGAAUGGCAACAGAAUAACCAUAUAUCAACAGCAUCAACUACCUAAAUUUAUCCAACAGUCUUCGUUGUCUUCUCUUUCUUGUUUACUUACAUUUGGGGGAUUUUGGAAAAGGCAAUUCAAACCAAUCAUGUUUUCCACCACUAACAAAGCUAAAAUGAGAGAGAGAGAGAGAGAGAGAGAGAGAGAGAGAGAGAGAUUUACUACUAACGGUUUGUUGCUGGUGCUGUUGCCGCUCUAGUUUUCCUCAACUUUCUACGCAUCACACCAAUGGCUUCCUCCAUGACCACUUCUUGUGGGGGAGGAUUCGGACUCCCAUUUACCACAGCGGCCGUCGUUUCGACCUGCAUCGCUUCUCCCUCGCUUGGCGCUACUGCGGAUGGACUGGCUGUGGUAGUUUCAGUGCUGGCUUGGCCAGGAGCUGUGGUUUGUGCUUGGGGAGCUGCUGAUGGAGGUACAGGAGUGGGGUCGGCUUCCUGACUUGGCUCCCAUUGCUGGACUGUAGCUGGGUUUGAGGGUUGACGUGACAGUGGCUGUUCGGGCUGGGUCUGCUGUGUGGCAGGUUGGCGAGUAGGUGCAGUUGGUGGUGGCGGACGAACCCCAGCUUUCUGCUGUUGCUGUAAUAUCAAUUCAUAGCGUUAGUUACAUUUUCAAGUUGGAUGUAAUUGGGCAUACAUACAAGAUUCCCCAUGUUAUUUUGUGAAA